AUGCCAAAAUUGCAUGUGUUUCUGUCAUGGAUCGCCAUUUUGAUUUUUGCAUCAUGGUGCUUUUCAACAGGAGAUGAGCUGGUUGUACAAUGGGACUCAUCACUAUCGGUGUCGGGUCUUUGCUUUAGUUUGAGAAACCAGACAUCAACAGAUUCAUCGGUGAAGUUGUUGAAAGGAAGGCAAAGGCAAUACCAAGUGAAGAGAAAAAGGAAGGCAGAUAACAAAAGUGAAGAAACGAAAAACAACUUAAAGGAAGAUUUUGAUGAGGAGGAGGGUUUUAUUACACUUGUUCGUCUCACAGGAGAUGACCCCGAUGGAAGAGCAACGGCGCUUCUAAAUUGGAAGCUAUUGGUUGUUGAAGUGUUGCCUGAAGAAGAUGCGGUUCUGAUGCUCCUCCUCUGCAUCUCAAUACUCAAAAGUGUAUCAGAAAUGAUGAAACAAGAUGUGGGAGGGUUGUUGGUUAGGAGAAGAUUGAAGGAGACAAGGGUUGGAACUAGGGAUUGGGGUUCUGUGAUGCUUCAUCCAUCAUCAUCGUCAUCAUCUGAUUCAAGAUACCUUCAACCUUGGUAUUGGAAUGCCUGGUCUGUGAUGAUAGCACCUGAUGCUGCAGAUCAGGUAAAAAGGAUGCCAGCAUCAACUCAAUCACUAGUGGAAGGCAGUGACAAGUUAUACAAGCAUGGGAUCAUUAGUUAAAAGAAAUGUUUCUUGAAUAUAGUUAUUAUAAUAUUUUGAGUUGACAAUUUGACAUACUAUCUAUAUCUACUUGGAGGGUGUGAGGGCCAGCAAAAAUGAAACUCGCACCUCGUAUUAUGGAUAGAUAAUAUUUCAGCGCCUGAUAUAAUGAUAGUUAUAUUCAGGUAACAUUAUCGAAUUAGUUAAGCCUUUUGUAUUAUAUUUGAUGUGGAUGCAAGUUUUUCAAUUUGGCUUGCUUGAAAUGUUCACUUUUUCUUCUUAGGAUUGUAA